AUGCCAACGGACCUCUCUGCCUACCAGUCCCUACUGAACUCCUUCUCCUCAGCAGUUGCCACUGCCAAGCUGAUCUCACCAGAGAUCAUCCCCUUCAUCGCCCACCUGAUUAACUCCUCCCUGACUUCUGGCACCUUCCCGUCAUCUUUCAAAAGAGCCCACAUCACCCCCAUUCUGAAGAAACCAACACUGGACCCCUGCCUCACCCAGAACUACAGACCGGACAACAGGCUGUCACUCUCUGAGAAUAUCGCGGCAACCACCCGGUCGUGCAGGUUCAUCCUGUACAAUAUCCGCAGAAUAAGACCACUCCUCACCAAUUAUUCCACACAGCUCCUGGUCCAGGCCAUGAUACUGUCACGUCUGGACUACUGCAACUCCCUCCUGGCUGGCCUCCCAGCAUCAGCCACCAGACCCCUUCAGCUCAUCCAGAAUGCAGCAGCACGUCUGGUUUACAACCUCCCUCGUGACUCCCACGUCACUCCCCUCCUCAUCUCCCUCCACUGGCUACCAGUGCAAGCUCGCAUCCGGUUUAAGACACUGGUGCUUGCUUUCCAAGCAGUCAAGGGGUCAGCUCCUGGUUACCUGCAGAAGAUGAUCAGACCCUACAAGCCGGCCAGAUCGCUCCGAUCGGCUACUACAGGGCGGCUGAUUCCUCCCCCAACACGAGCAGCAACAAGGUCUCGACUCUUUGCAGUUCUGGCCCCACGAUGGUGGAACGAUCUUCCAGUGGAGGUCAGAACAGCAGAGUGUCUGAGCACCUUCAAACGGAAACUCAAGACGCACCUCUUCUCUACCCCCGUUUCGUUUUCGGGGUACGGCACUGCCGCUGCUGAGGAAUGGGGUUGA